UCAAAGCGUGUGAAACACAAAACGUUUGAAGGGAAUAACCACGGAGGUACUUGAGACCACAAUCCACAGGAAAAAGAGUCAAAAGCACCCUCUCAGCGGUGCUGCUUACCGAGACGCCACUGGGCCUGAAUUUACGCUUUUUGGAGCCUCAGUCCUCUCAUCAGUGCAAUGGAGCUAAUGCUUGAAAAUAUUUACUUCCCGGGGUUGUGGUGAAAGGUUUUCCUUCUGGUGAACUGCGGGCGGUUUGCCUCCUAAGACCCCAGGGAGGUGCUUUUCCUCCCGGGACGCACUUCCGUGCGCGAGUAGGGCUGCCUUGCAGGGAGGGGGGAGCUCGCGGCGCAGUACGGGCUGCCCGGCCCGCUGGAGUUCGGCAAGGACAGCUCUGGUUUUCAGUUAAGUAGCAACCUAAUCAGCUUAUACUCUAGCGCAAAACUGAUUUUUAUUUAGUAUGAUAUAUGAAUGUUAAACUGGAGAAAUAAAGUUGAAAAACUGCAUUAAAGUACUCUCUCAAACAUACUUAUGAGUCUUUUCUGAUUCCUAGGAGGACACCAAGAACAUUUGGUUCUAGCCGAUGUAAAAGAAAAUUUUUUAAACCCAAGCUGAUCAGUCCUGGAUAUUUAAAGGACUUUUUCCUUUUACUUUUUUAAUUUAAGCAAAGAGGCUUUUAAAAAACCAUGGCAGAUGUGGAUCCUGAUACAUUGCUGGAAUGGCUACAGAUGGGACAGGGAGAUGAAAGGGAUAUGCAACUAAUAGCCCUUGAACAGCUAUGCAUGCUGCUUUUGAUGUCUGACAACGUGGAUCGUUGUUUUGAAACAUGUCCUCCUCGCACUUUCUUACCAGCCCUCUGCAAAAUUUUUCUUGAUGAAAGUGCUCCAGACAAUGUGUUAGAGGUGACAGCCCGUGCCAUCACAUACUAUCUGGAUGUAUCUGCAGAAUGCACCCGAAGGAUUGUUGGGGUUGAUGGAGCUAUAAAAGCACUUUGUAAUCGUUUAGUUGUGGUCGAGCUUAAUAACAGGACUAGCCGAGACUUAGCUGAACAAUGUGUAAAGGUGUUAGAACUGAUAUGUACUCGUGAGUCAGGAGCAGUCUUUGAGGCUGGUGGUUUGAAUUGUGUGCUUACCUUCAUUCGUGACAGUGGACACUUGGUUCAUAAAGAUACCUUGCACUCUGCCAUGGCUGUGGUAUCAAGACUCUGUGGCAAAAUGGAACCUCAAGAUUCUUCUUUAGAAAUUUGUGUGGAAUCUCUUUCUAGUUUAUUAAAACAUGAAGAUCAUCAGGUUUCUGAUGGAGCUCUUCGGUGUUUUGCAUCGCUCGCUGACCGAUUUACCCGUCGUGGUGUUGACCCAGCUCCGUUAGCCAAGCAUGGAUUAACCGAGGAGCUGUUAUCUCGCAUGGCUGCUGCUGGUGGUACAGUUUCAGGGCCUUCAUCCGCUUGUAAACCAGGCCGCAGCACUACAGGAGCGCCCUCCACAGCUGCAGAUUCCAAAUUGAGUAAUCAGGUGUCAACAAUUGUAAGCCUGCUCUCAACACUUUGCAGAGGCUCUCCAGUGGUCACACACGAUCUCCUGAGGUCGGAACUUCCAGAUUCAAUUGAAAGUGCAUUGCAGGGUGAUGAAAGAUGUGUGCUUGAUACCAUGCGUUUGGUCGACCUUCUCUUGGUGCUAUUAUUUGAAGGACGGAAAGCUUUGCCAAAGUCUAGUGCUGGAUCUACAGGCAGAAUCCCAGGACUUAGGAGAUUGGAUAGCUCUGGGGAGCGCUCACAUCGGCAGCUUAUAGACUGUAUUCGAAGUAAAGAUACCGAUGCGCUUAUAGAUGCAAUUGACACAGGAGCCUUUGAAGUAAAUUUUAUGGAUGAUGUGGGUCAGACUCUAUUAAACUGGGCCUCUGCUUUUGGAACUCAGGAAAUGGUAGAAUUUCUUUGUGAAAGAGGUGCUGAUGUUAAUAGGGGUCAGAGGUCAUCAUCAUUACAUUAUGCUGCGUGUUUUGGAAGACCUCAAGUAGCAAAGACUCUGUUACGGCAUGGUGCAAACCCAGAUCUGAGAGAUGAAGAUGGGAAAACUCCGUUAGAUAAAGCUCGGGAAAGGGGCCAUAGUGAAGUAGUAGCUAUUCUUCAGUCUCCAGGUGAUUGGAUGUGUCCAGUUAAUAAAGGAGAUGAUAAGAAAAAGAAAGAUACAAACAAAGAUGAAGAAGAAUGUAAUGAGCCAAAAGGAGAUCCAGAAAUGGCACCCAUAUACUUGAAAAGGUUAUUGCCAGUGUUUGCACAGACAUUUCAGCAAACUAUGUUGCCUUCAAUAAGGAAGGCAAGUCUUGCUCUGAUUCGAAAAAUGAUUCAUUUUUGCUCUGAAGCACUCUUAAAAGAAGUUUGUGAUUCUGAUGUUGGUCACAAUUUGCCUACAGUACUAGUGGAAAUCACUGCAACCGUCCUUGAUCAAGAGGAUGAUGAUGAUGGCCACUUGCUGGCUUUGCAGAUCAUAAGAGAUUUGGUAGAUAAAGGUGGUGAUAUUUUUUUGGAUCAGCUAGCCAGACUUGGUGUAAUUAGCAAAGUGUCAACUUUGGCAGGACCUUCCUCUGAUGAUGAGAAUGAAGAGGAAUCAAAACCAGAAAAAGAAGAUGAACCACAGGAGGAUGCUAAAGAAUUGCAGCAAGGUAAACCAUACCAUUGGAGAGACUGGUCAGUCAUUAGGGGAAGGGACUGCUUAUAUAUAUGGAGUGAUGCAGCAGCCUUGGAAUUAUCUAAUGGCAGUAAUGGAUGGUUCAGAUUUAUCUUGGAUGGAAAACUAGCCACCAUGUAUUCAAGUGGUAGUCCUGAAGGUGGAUCGGAUAGUUCAGAAAGCAGAAGUGAAUUCUUAGAGAAGUUACAAAGAGCUCGAGGCCAGGUAAAGCCUUCUACUUCAAGUCAGCCUAUACUCUCAGCACCAGGACCCACUAAACUCACUGUAGGAAAUUGGUCACUAACUUGUUUGAAAGAGGGAGAAAUUGCUAUUCAUAACUCAGAUGGUCAGCAAGCAACAAUACUGAAAGAAGAUUUACCUGGUUUUGUAUUUGAAUCUAAUAGAGGAACCAAACAUUCAUUUACUGCAGAAACUUCUCUGGGUUCAGAAUUUGUGACUGGUUGGACCGGUAAAAGAGGCAGAAAACUGAAAUCUAAAUUAGAAAAAACAAAGCAAAAGGUACGAACUAUGGCUCGAGAUUUAUACGAUGACCACUUUAAAGCUGUUGAAAGCAUGCCUCGUGGAGUAGUGGUAACACUCAGAAACAUAGCAACUCAAUUAGAGUCAUCUUGGGAACUUCAUACAAAUAGACAAUGUAUUGAGAGUGAGAACACAUGGAGAGAUUUAAUGAAGACAGCCUUAGAAAAUCUAAUUGUACUUUUGAAGGACGAAAACACAAUUUCACCAUAUGAGAUGUGCAGUAGUGGAUUGGUGCAAGCACUUCUUACUGUUUUAAACAAUAGCAUGGAUUUAGAUACGAAACAAGAUUGUAGUCAACUGGUAGAAAGAAUAAAUGUUUUUAAAACAGCUUUUAGUGAAAAUGAAGAUGAUGAAAGUCGACCAGCAGUUGCAUUAAUUCGGAAGUUAAUAGCUGUACUAGAGUCUAUUGAACGUCUACCUCUCCAUUUGUAUGAUACACCUGGAUCCACAUAUAACCUGCAGAUACUUACAAGAAGAUUAAGAUUUCGGUUGGAACGUGCACCUGGUGAAACUGCAUUGAUAGACAGGACUGGUAGGAUGUUGAAGAUGGAACCCUUAGCUACAGUUGAAUCUCUGGAACAGUAUCUCUUAAAAAUGGUAGCAAAGCAGUGGUAUGAUUUUGACCGAUCUUCAUUUGUUUUUGUUCGGAAAUUAAGAGAAGGCCAAAAUUUUAUAUUUCGGCACCAGCAUGAUUUUGAUGAAAAUGGAAUCAUUUACUGGAUUGGGACAAAUGCCAAAACUGCAUAUGAAUGGGUAAAUCCAGCUGCUUAUGGACUUGUAGUAGUAACAUCGUCAGAAGGAAGAAAUCUACCUUAUGGCCGCCUAGAAGACAUACUAAGUCGUGAUAAUUCAGCUUUAAAUUGUCAUAGCAAUGAUGAUAAGAAUGCCUGGUUUGCCAUAGAUCUGGGUCUCUGGGUGGUACCGUCAGCAUAUACACUUCGUCAUGCUCGUGGUUAUGGAAGGUCUGCACUGAGAAAUUGGGUUUUCCAGGUAUCCAAAGAUGGACAGAACUGGACUUCUUUGUAUACCCAUGUUGAUGACUGCAGUCUCAAUGAACCAGGGUCAACAGCAACCUGGCCUCUUGAUCCACCAAAGGAUGAGAAACAAGGGUGGCGACAUGUGAGAAUUAAACAGAUGGGGAAGAAUGCUAGUGGACAAACCCACUACCUGUCACUAUCUGGAUUCGAACUUUAUGGCACUGUAAAUGGAGUAUGUGAAGACCAGCUAGGGAAAGCAGCUAAGGAAGCAGAAGCUAAUCUUAGAAGACAAAGACGUCUAGUUCGCUCCCAGGUUCUGAAAUACAUGGUUCCAGGGGCUCGUGUGAUCAGAGGCCUUGAUUGGAAAUGGCGAGAUCAGGAUGGCAGCCCACAGGGAGAAGGUACCGUCACAGGGGAACUGCAUAAUGGCUGGAUUGAUGUCACCUGGGAUGCUGGUGGCUCAAACUCUUACCGUAUGGGCGCAGAAGGAAAAUUUGACCUCAAGCUUGCACCAGGGUACGACCCUGAUACAGUGGCAUCACCCAAACCUGUUUCAUCCACUGUUUCAGGCACAACGCAAUCAUGGAGCAGCUUGGUGAAAAACAACUGUCCAGACAAGACCUCUGCUGCUGCAGGCUCCUCAAGUAGAAAAGGAAGCAGCAGUUCUGUGUGUAGCGUGGCCAGUAGCAGCGACAUCAGCUUGGGUUCGACCAAAACGGAACGGAGAUCAGAAAUUGUAAUGGAACACAGUAUAGUUUCAGGAGCUGAUGUCCAUGAACCAAUUGUUGUUCUUUCAUCUGCUGAAAACGUCCCUCAAACAGAAGUAGGGUCAUCUUCCAGUGCAAGCACCAGCACCUUAACAGCGGAAACGGGAAGUGAAAAUGCCGAAAGAAAGCUAGGCCCUGAUAGUUCUGUUCGCACUCCUGGGGAGUCUAGUGCAAUAUCCAUGGGAAUCGUUAGUGUUAGUUCUCCUGAUGUUAGUUCAGUGUCUGAGUUAACUAAUAAAGAAGCAGCUUCACAACGGCCCCUUAGCUCUUCAGCAAGUAACAGACUGUCAGUGAGUUCUUUGUUGGCUGCCGGGGCCCCUAUGAGCUCUAGUGCAAGUGUACCUAAUCUGUCCUCAAGAGAAACAUCUAGCUUGGAGAGUUUUGUAAGGAGAGUGGCAAACAUAGCACGGACUAAUGCCACGAACAACAUGAAUCUAAGCCGAAGCAGCAGUGAUAACAACACUAAUACUUUGGGGAGGAAUGUGAUGAGCACAGCAACUUCUCCUCUUAUGGGUGCUCAGAGUUUCCCCAAUUUGACCACACCUGGUACCACAUCAACAGUGACAAUGUCAACAUCCAGUGUGACUAGCAGCAGCAAUGUAGCCACAGCAACAACAGUUUUAUCAGUUGGUCAGUCCUUAAGUAAUACUUUGACUACCAGCCUCACAUCAACCUCCAGUGAGAGUGACACAGGUCAGGAAGCAGAAUAUUCCUUAUACGAUUUCCUGGAUAGCUGCCGUGCCAGUACUCUGUUAGCUGAGCUAGAUGAUGAUGAAGACUUGCCUGAGCCAGAUGAGGAAGAUGAUGAGAAUGAAGAUGACAAUCAGGAGGACCAAGAAUACGAGGAGGUUAUGAUUCUGAGACGUCCAUCCCUGCAGCGUCGAGCUGGCUCUCGCUCUGAUGUAACACACCAUGCUGUCACCUCGCAGCUACCACAAGUCCCUGCUGGAGCAGGAAGCCGACCUAUUGGGGAGCAGGAAGAAGAGGAGUAUGAAACUAAAGGAGGACGUCGGAGAACAUGGGAUGAUGAUUAUGUACUCAAGCGGCAGUUUUCUGCUUUGGUUCCUGCUUUUGAUCCUAGACCUGGUCGUACUAAUGUUCAGCAGACGACUGAUCUAGAGAUUCCACCCCCAGGAACACCUCAUUCAGAGCUCUUGGAAGAAGUUGAAUGUACUCCGUCACCUCGAUUAGCCCUCACUUUGAAAGUAACAGGUCUUGGAACAACUCGUGAAGUUGAAUUACCACUCACCAAUUUCAGAUCAACCAUUUUUUACUAUGUACAAAAAUUGCUUCAAUUGUCCUGUAAUGGCAGUGUGAAAUCAGAUAAACUUAGGCGUAUUUGGGAGCCAACAUACACAAUCAUGUACAGAGAAAUGAAGGAUUCUGACAAAGAGAAGGAAAAUGGAAAAAUGGGUUGUUGGUCUAUAGAGCAUGUGGAACAGUACCUUGGCACUGAUGAAUUACCAAAGAAUGACUUGAUAACCUACCUGCAGAAGAAUGCAGACGCCGCUUUCCUGCGCCACUGGAAAUUAACUGGCACUAAUAAAAGUAUUAGGAAAAACAGAAAUUGUUCUCAGCUCAUAGCUGCAUAUAAGGAUUUUUGUGAGCAUGGAACAAAGUCUGGAUUAAACCAGGGGGCCAUUUCCUCUCUUCAGAGUAGUGAUAUUCUUAAUUUGGCAAAAGAACAACCUCAGGCCAAAGCUGGCAAUGGACAGAAUUCUUGCGGAGUAGAAGAUGUUCUUCAGCUUCUGCGUAUUCUCUAUAUAGUUGCAAGUGACCCUUAUUCAAGAAUAUCCCAAGAAGAAGGCGAUGAGCAGCCUCAGUUUACUUUUCCACCAGAUGAAUUCACUAGCAAAAAAAUCACAACAAAAAUCUUGCAGCAGAUUGAGGAACCACUGGCAUUGGCAAGUGGGGCUCUACCAGACUGGUGUGAACAGUUAACCAGCAAGUGUCCUUUCCUAAUACCGUUUGAAACUAGACAGCUUUAUUUCACGUGUACAGCAUUUGGUGCAUCAAGAGCAAUAGUGUGGUUACAAAACCGACGUGAAGCCACUGUGGAAAGAACAAGGACCACCAGUACUGUCAGGCGAGAUGAUCCUGGAGAGUUUCGAGUGGGUCGUCUCAAGCAUGAAAGAGUAAAAGUCCCACGUGGUGAAUCACUGAUGGAAUGGGCUGAGAACGUCAUGCAAAUACAUGCAGAUCGGAAAUCAGUUCUUGAGGUUGAAUUUUUAGGAGAAGAAGGAACUGGCUUGGGCCCUACAUUAGAGUUUUAUGCUCUGGUGGCAGCAGAAUUCCAGAGAACUGAUCUGGGAGCUUGGCUUUGUGAUGAUAAUUUUCCAGAUGAUGAAUCUCGUCAUGUUGAUCUUGGGGGUGGAUUGAAACCUCCCGGUUACUAUGUGCAGAGAUCAUGUGGACUGUUCACAGCACCAUUUCCACAAGACAGUGAUGAGCUUGAAAGGAUCACGAAACUCUUUCAUUUCCUUGGAAUUUUCUUGGCCAAAUGCAUUCAAGACAAUAGACUUGUGGACUUACCUAUUUCUAAACCUUUCUUUAAACUUAUGUGUAUGGGUGACAUUAAAAGCAAUAUGAGUAAAUUAAUUUAUGAGUCACGAAGUGAUAGAGACUUACACUGUACUGAAAGUCAGUCUGAAGCUUCUACAGAAGAAGGUCAUGAUUCACUCUCAGUAGGAAGCUUUGAAGAGGAUUCAAAAUCAGAGUUUAUUCUAGAUCCCCCCAAACCAAAACCCCCAGCUUGGUUUAAUGGAAUUUUAACUUGGGAAGACUUUGAACUAGUAAACCCACACAGAGCCAGAUUUUUAAAAGAAAUUAAAGACCUUGCUGUCAAGAGGCGUCAGAUUUUAAGCAACAAAGGUCUUUCUGAAGAUGAGAAGAACACGAAAUUACAGGAACUAGUGCUAAAGAAUCCAUCAGGUUCUGGGCCUCCACUUAGCAUAGAGGAUUUAGGUUUAAAUUUCCAGUUUUGCCCUUCCUCAAGAAUAUAUGGUUUUACAGCUGUGGAUCUCAAGCCAAGUGGGGAAGAUGAGAUGAUAACAAUGGAUAAUGCAGAAGAAUAUGUGGAUUUGAUGUUUGACUUUUGUAUGCAUACGGGUAUUCAGAAACAGAUGGAAGCCUUUAGAGAUGGGUUUAACAAAGUUUUUCCAAUGGAGAAAUUAAGUUCCUUCAGCCAUGAAGAAGUCCAGAUGAUACUUUGUGGAAACCAGUCACCAUCCUGGGCAGCAGAGGAUAUUAUUAAUUAUACUGAACCUAAGUUAGGUUAUACACGUGACAGCCCUGGUUUCCUGAGGUUCGUGAGGGUUUUGUGUGGCAUGUCUUCAGAUGAAAGGAAAGCAUUCCUGCAGUUUACCACCGGUUGCUCAACUCUACCCCCAGGUGGACUGGCUAAUCUGCAUCCCAGGCUCACAGUUGUACGCAAGGUUGAUGCUACUGAUGCAAGCUAUCCAUCAGUGAAUACAUGUGUGCAUUAUCUGAAGUUGCCUGAAUAUUCUUCGGAGGAGAUCAUGAGAGAGCGCCUACUAGCUGCUACCAUGGAGAAAGGCUUUCAUCUCAACUGAGCUUCGAAGUGGGAGACAUCAGAGACUUUUAAAAUACUAGUGAAGCCUCUUGUGUUUGUGUGCAGAGAAGUAUAUGAUCCUCUACGCUAAUGACACUUGCCUUUAUUUCAACCAUUAAGGCUUUAAGAACAUGUGGAAUAAGUUGGUUAGCUGCUAAUGACAAAACAAAUCCUUUAACUACCCAGCCAGCAAGUAUAUAGCACAGAACACUGUGUGUUGCUACAAGGGCUUAGUGACUGGAAAAAGGUGGUCCCUACUUGACUGUUCCAAAGAGCAGCUUCUCAUAUCUUCAGUGUUCACUGGUAAAUUUCUAACAGUGUAUUUGUGUAAAGUUUGUCGUUUCAUACUUCAUACACUACAGUUGCCGUCACUGAUCCCUGUUUUGCUGGCUUUUAAGCUACUCGGUCAAAAAUCCUGCUUCCUUAAAACAUAGAGAGUUAAUGAGCAUCUCAAGCUUUUUCUUUUCCUUUUUAAUGAUGCCUGCACUAUCAGAGUAUUCUAGUGUUCUCUCUUUUGUUUGGCAUAUAAUCAUGCACAACCUUUUUAUUUCUUUGAGGUGGGAGUAUAUUUUUAUUUCCUAAAUGCCGUACUAUAAAGAUCAAAUUCUUAAGUGUGUUUGUGCAGCUCAGAAGUAAAGGUAUAUUAAGGGGAAAAAAGAAAAAACACUGGUCUAGAUGCAAGGCACACUUAAAAGCAAGUUUUACUUUUGGUUGUAUUUUCUUUGUAUAUUAUAAACAUUUAUUUAACUUGUUGCAGUUUGAAGUAAAAAAUUUCCAAAAUGUAUGCUCAACAAUAAUCAUUAAAAUGUUUGCAGCGUA